CAGGAUGUUGCGAGUUCUAGUCGUGUUGUCAGCCCUGUGCGGCGCCUUGGUGACCGCUGAUGGAUUCGCCAAGAAGUACGGUUAUUCUAAGGUGAUGGCCAACUGCUUCGGCGAAGACCUGUACUACAGCUGGUCGAAGGAGGUGUUCAAGGCCGUCAAGGAGUGCUACGGGGAGGAGAUGAAGCUCCCCAAGGCUCAUGAGAAGGAGUCCUCACAAGAGGAGGAGGAUAACAUGGAUCCUACGAACAUCUGGAAUAGAUUUGAUGGACAACCAGUGUACCUGUACUACCCACCUCAGGCUCAAGGUCAGGCACAGAAUUUCCCCUUCAACUUCCCCUAUCAAGUUAUUUCUCUCCGUAUGAAGAAGCGCGAGGCCCCCUUGUACACUGCUCCCAUCAUCAAGAAAAUGGUACAUAAGGUGAAGGCGAAGGUCAGCAACUUCACCUGCGUUAUGAGGAAGAUGAAUUACAUUGAUGACGACUUCAACCUUAACUACGACGCCGUUAAUAGCGUGAAAGAGCUUGACAUCAGUGAGGAGCUGAAGGAGGACCUCGUGAAAGGAAUGGAGAAGUGCAAGGAACUGACGAUGUGCCUCCCCCUGGAGAAGUCCGGGUCCCCGAUGCCUUUGAAGCUGCAGCGCAUGGUCGCCCUAAACAAGUGCUGGAAGAAAGCCCGCUUCGGGGUGUGCAUGAAGCACGACUUCAUGAAGUACCUGGAUGAGUUCGAUCUCCCUGGUGACGAAGACAGCGACGAAGGCUCGAAGGCCGAGAAGAUCAUCCACAUCCUGAUGGGCGUCGAGGAGAGGGACGACUUCCAGCUGUAUUAGAAGAGGACGAAGGGGGAAAGUUGAAGAUAUGCUGUUGCUGUAUUUCGUGGUCGCUGAUGUAUUUUUUUGUGCGUUCACAGUGAUUUUUUUAAGCUAAGGCGAUUCAGAAAUGAAUAGUAUGAUGUAGAGUAUGAAGUGUGGUUAUUUGUGAUCAUCUUUUGUAUGACAAUGGUGUAUGUUGGGAACAUAAUACUUAAAACAAAUGUUCAAACAUGUUUAAGUACAGAGGAAAAUGUUGAAUGGUAAAUGAAACGAUUCUGGGGGGAUGGGACAAUGGUAAGCAAAUGGCCUAUAUUGUCAAACUAAAUAAAUAAAUUAAAGAUAAAA